UAAAUAUUUGCUUCUCCCCGCCUCCCCGCAGUUUUCGUCCCUGGGUGUCAAAUAAAUCACCGAAAAGACAAUUUUUGGGACCUGUGUUUGGUGACGUUGGUUGUGUUGCGGUGAUGAGCGGGGUGUUAUGGGUGUGGUGUAUCGUGUCGUUGAUGUGGAGUACGUGUUGAAAGUUAGUAGAGGUGGGAAAAUAACCGAGCUUUAGGGUUCUGGGUUUCGGAGUUCUCGCGUUCGAGACUCUUAGGUCUGUUGAGUAGGCGUUCAGAGCGGAGUCAGAACGCCUCGUUGGCAUUUUGGGUUGUGCUUCUUGGUUGAAGCCGAGAUUGUGGUUAUGGCGAGUUCUUGCAUCUUGUCUCGUGACGCGGGUUUGUUUGGGUUAAGUGAUUACCAACGGUGAACAGCAUUUUUUUUUGGAGCUCAUGAUACUUUCAUCAGGCUUCAGUAGCGGCAUGCUUCAAGAGUUGGCUAGCGCAGGCUUGACUGGGUGUACAUUUUAACUGUCCAUUAGAUAUUAGGAACUGGACCACUGCACACAAGAUAGUUGGAAUUUUUUUGGUAGCGUCUCGUGGGAGUUAUUAAAAUCGCAGUAUCAGUAUCCAAUGUUCAACCCACCCGGUGGUUCUGCCAGUAUCUCAAGGAGCGGUCUCCCCGUUAUCUAAGGUGGCGAAAGGUGGAGGCAGAAGAGUUGGUAAAAGUACAUCGGUCUGAGAGGAGGUACAAAUGUCGGGGUUGUCACCAAUGUACACACCGCAGGGGAGACGGGGGUCUCCGCAGCAAAGAGUGACACCUACGCGUUCAUUGGCACGAGAGAAAGGGAAAACUCCGCCAAUAACUAACUCCACUAUAGGUGCCUUGACUACCACUACGACAACCUUAGCUGCCAUGGGUGAGGAAGCGAUGGCUCUUAUGGAUCCUUUGAUGGGCUCACCGGACAUGAUCGGAGUGGCUGAUGCUGUGCCAGAGACUGAAGUGUGGAAAAGGUUCCAGAAUGAAGGCGCUUUGGACAUGCCUUCUCUGGAACGGAAGGACCGCGCUGCGUUACACGCUCGUAUUGCUGCCUUGGAAGCCGAGCUGUACGAUUACCAGUACAACAUGGGUUUGUUACUGCUUCAGCGUAAGACAUGGACCUCUCAAGCCGAUGACCUCAAGGCUGCAGUAGCAGAUGCACAAGAAACACUCCAGCGCGAGAAAGCUGCGCAUUUGUUGGAAUUAUCUGAAGUCAUGAGACGUGAGGAAGCCGCAAAGAAGGCCCUGGAAACUGAGAAACAGUGUGUUGCUGAUUUGGAGAAGGCGCUGAAAGAAUUCCAGACUGAUGAGUCUGAAGUCCGGCAAGCAGCAGAUAAACAGCUCGCUCAAGCUCGAGAGUUGGUGGCUAGUAUCGAGGAGAGGUCUGUCCAGGCUGACCUGAAAUUAGCACAAGUGCAGGUUUUGCGUGCUGAUGCAAAUCGUAAGCUUCAGGAGUCUGAGCUUCGGCUUCAGGAAGUGGAAGCCCGAGAGGUUGCUCUGCGUCGUGAGCGCCACAGUCUAAUGGCAGAUGUGGACGCCCGGAAGGAGCAAGUGGCGUCGGAAGAAGCUAGCUUGAAGGAGUGGGAAAAACGACUCGAGGAGGGGCGGGCGAGAUUGCAGGAAGGUGAACGGCUUCUCAAUGAGCGCGAAAAUUCUUUGAAGCAGCGAGACGAGGCGUUGAAGCAAACCAGCCGAGAGCUGGCAGAGACACGUUCGUACAUUGAAAACGAACGUGCUCUUAUCAAGCAAACAGACGCUGACCUUAAUGCUCGUGUUAUCUCUCUUUCUGAGAGAGAAAGGACUCUAAGCGAGCGAGAAUUGAAGAUAUUGACUAAGGAGCAGGACUUGCUUCUCGCCGAGGAGAGGAUUGCAGAACAAACUCGGGAGUUUGAGAACCGCGAGCUUCAAGUGAAGGAGACAAAGGAGUAUGUUGAGCAAGAGAGGGCACGGUUGGAUGAUUACGAAUCUGCUUUGAAAUUCCAAGAGACGACUUUAGAGGAGCAGAAAAUGGAGCUUUCGGAAAUGGAAGCGCUUCUCAAGAUUCACACUUCAGAUGUGGAUUCAAAGAAAGCAGAAUUGCUUGCAGCAGAGGAAGAGCUGCGCUCAGUCCGCAAAACUCUUGCAGCCGAGAAAGAGGAGGUUGAGACGUUGAAAUUGGCUGCUGAAGCCCGGGAGGCAAGGUCGCGACACCUGGAGACAGCAAUUACAGCAAGGGAGGAAGAACUGAAGCUGCGAGUCCAGGAAAUCGUGGACCGCGAGGAUGUAUUGAAUCGACGUUUAGAAGAGGUGAGCAACUUGGAACAGGGCAUUCGUGUUGAGGAAAAGAAGUACGAGAACGAACAUGAACGCAUUGCUGAGCUGAAGGAGGAGAUUCGCAAAUCCAAGGAGGAGAUGGAAGAAAACAAACUGAAGCUGGAACUCCAAAAGCAACUGAUUGAAGAGGAGCGAGAGCAUCUCCGGCGAGAAUGUGAGCUUGAGCGGCAGGAGAUUGAGGAAGAGAGGGAGAAGGUUCGGAAAGACUGGGAAGAGGAGCGUGAGGAAUGGGAGCAACAGAGGCUGAUUGUUCAAAAGGAUGUAGAAUACAAGAAGGAACAGCUGGAGUUUGAGAAGGAGCGUCUCCGCGAAGAGUUGAAAGCAGAACGGGAAAAGCAAAGCGCAGAACUAGAGCGCAUGCGUGUGAACCUCCACAAUGAGCUGGAAGCACUACGUGAAAAGCUGAAGGCAGAAGUUGAGUUUGAACGUGAUGCCCUGCGCAAGGAGAUUGAAACCGACCAGGAACGAGUUGCAGAGCUCCGGGAGGAAUCGCGCAGGGCGAUUCAAGCUGAAAGAGAGCAGGUUGAUGAAGAGCGCAGCCGGAUCAGGCGGGAGCUCGAGGUCGAGCGACAGCAGCUGGCAGAGGAAAGUGAACGCGCACAUGCUGCAAUUGAUCUUGAGAGGCGUAAGAUUGAAGACGAGCAAGAGAAGUUGAAGGCUCUAGAGCAGGAGAGGGGAGAGCUGGUUAGGAUUCAGGUUCAGUUGAAGCAAGAGAUCGACGAGAUCAGAGCAAGGAAACAGUUUGUGGACGAAGAGGCCCUGGAGCUGAAACUACAGAAAGAUCGGUUUGAGCGUGAGUGGGAGCUCCUAGAUGAGAAGCGAGAGGCUACGAGAAAGGAGCGAGAGAGGUUUGAAGAAGAAUCCAAGAGGAUGGCCGAAUGGAUGCAGGACGAAGAAGAGCGGCUGAAAGAAACAAGACGACAAGUCCAGGAACAAUCUCGAAGAAUGACCGAGGAGCUGCAGAAGGAACGGGAGUCAUGGGAGUCACGCUUGGAGACUGAGCGGAACCAGCUCUACACACAGCUCGAUGUUGAGCGCCAAGCACUAAAUCGCAACCUUGAACUUCAACGAGAGGACCUCGACCGCCGUCUCGAACUUGAACGCGAUGCUUUCGAGAAACAAUUCGAGGAGCGGGAGGCCCAAUUGAGAGCUGAAGUAGAGCAGGAGAAGGAAGACCUAAGAAAGAACCGUGGCUCUGUCAUUGGAGAAUUAGAGCAGUUGCGGGCAGAACGCGCCAAGCUUGAGAAAGAGCGCCAGGAACUUUUGAAACAACGAGUAGACGCUGAGAAGGAAUGGAGUGAAAUUAAGAAGGAUAUCGAACAGUUGCAGUUGCAGGGUGAGAAGCUACGUGAACAACGCGAGAGUCUGCAUCUUGAGCGCCAAAACACGAUGCGUGAGGCUGAGCGGCUUCAAAAGCUGCGGGAGCAGAUGAAGGGUUCUGAGGGAUCCAUGAGUAUGCGCGUGCCAGAACAACCCAUGCGCAUGGAGGAAGAGGUUGUAUCUCCCCAUCCCCAGGGUCUUCUAGUCCGCACUGACACUCAACGGGCAGUUGGAGGUCGCCCUGCACCUGGGACGCACAAACCCUCAAGCUCGCAUAUAUCUUCUCGAAGGAUGAUUGCUAGGACUCCAAGCAGACUGGCAUGGCUUCAGCGGUGUGCAAGCAGGGCUUCUCUGUUGUUCUCUUCCCCCACCAAGCUUCUGACAGGCCAAGAACCGGUUGAAGAAGAAGCGGAAGAAGAGCAGGUAAAGCAGGACCCAAAUGCUCCGAGCUCAAGUUUCAACCAGUCCCAGCUGGGCCAGGUCGAGGGCAAUAUAGACGAUGGCCCUAGGUUCAGAAGAACGCGGUCUAUCCAAAGAGUUGUUGAAGAGGCUAAUGCUAUUUUAGGGAUAGGAGUGGAAGAGACCUCUGAGAGUAACCGAAAUCGAUCGAAUGCUGAUGCAUUCACUACUACCCCUGCUGAAAGUGCUGAGACUCGGCAAAAAAAGAGAGCCAGAGGAAACGUGGACGAUGAUGAUGCUAAUCCGCUGGAGGCGGAUGCUCAUGGUGGCACGCAGCGGAAGAAGAGGAUCAAAGAUAUCAUGGUCGAGAUCGAGACUAAUGAGGACUCUCUUCACACCCCACACUCUCGUGUAUCAACUCCCGCCACUAAGCGCUAUAAUUUCAGGCCAUCUACCAUUGUAAACAUGACGGCUGCCUCUGAGAAUGUUUCCCCCCGGCAUCAUGACCGUACAAGCAAGAAGGCAGCUUCUGCAACCAGUCAGCCAACAGCUGCAGCUGUCGAUGACUUACCUGAAGUUAUAUCACAGCCCGUUCAAGAAACUGAGGCCAUGCACGAAGCACCGGCAGUGGGAGAGACAUUGGAAGCACAAGAAGAAGGUGAUGCAGUAGCAGAGUCUCCUCACUCAGGGGAGACAACCACUGUUAGAGUUGAUCACGUCACUGAAACUCAAGUAGUGACAGAGACCACUACAAUAGUUACUGAAACCGUUAAAGAACUAGCAGUUUUUGAUCUAAAUGUAGAAGAACUAGAUAUGGCAGAGAUAGAAGCAGAAGAAGUUGUCCCUACUGCAGAAGCAGUUCACCUGUCCAGGUCAGUGGAGUUGCCUGAAUCAGGGGAGGAAACCGCAGGGGAUUCACCUAUGCAGGCUGGGGAGGUUGAUGUGGGGGUUACACUAGACGAUUCCUGUGAUGAUGAAGUAGAAGACGUCGAUGCCAUGGAAGGUAAUGACGAGGUUGAUGAGGAUGGGGAAGCUGCGGAGAACGGUGACAAUGGUGUUGCGGUUCCAGAAAAUGGGGAGCUUCUUUCCGAGGAGGAAAGCGAGGCAGAGGGUGAAGAGGCAAGUGAGGCAGAGGUCGAGGAGGAAAGUGAGGCAGAAAGUGAAGCAGUGGUCGAGGAGAAGAGUGAGGCAGAGGUCGAGGAGGAUGUGGGAGAAGUUGAGGAUGACGAUGAGAAUGAGGAUACGAGAGAAGACGAUCCAGAAGACGAGCCAGAUGACGAGGGAGAGAAACCAUCAAUUCGAGCAAAAAUCUGGGACUUUUUAACCACAUAAAUAACAGUGUAAUAAUAAGUCGCAAGCUUGUAGAAUUGCAGGGUUCAGCAAUUUUAGGGUUGUAGAAUUUCAAUUGACAUGUAAACGAGGGUGUAGGUCUUUGAUCAUGUCCCUGACCCCUUAUCACUCGACAUUUUUGCUCUGAAGCAAUCAUGUCCCAGUGGGGAAGAGUCGACUGUGUUUGACGCUGAACACAGUCCAUUUUUGUUUGUUGCUUUAGCUUUA